CACCUCUCAGAAACCCACCCCAACUCCAAUGAUGGCUUCCUCCUCCUCCGACCUCAUCCUCUACAGCCUCGUCCCCCCCUCCUCCUCCUCCCAACCCCUAAACCCUAGCCACCCCCUCCCCGACCUCUCCAUCGCCUCCCCCGCCGCCGCCUCCUCCCCCGCCCCGCGCCGCCUCGUCAGGGCCCGGAAGCCCUCCUCCUCCUCCUCCUCCUCCGACCGCCACUCCAAGGUCGCCGGCCGCGGCCGCCGCGUCCGCAUCCCGGCCAUGGUCGCCGCCCGCGUCUUCCAGCUCACCCGCGAGCUGGGCCACCGCACCGACGGGGAGACCAUCGAGUGGCUGCUCCGCCAGGCCGAGCCCUCCAUCAUCGCCGCCACCGGGACGGGUGUCACCCCCGAGGAGGCGCCCCCUGCCGCUGUCCCCGUCGGCUCUUCCCCGGUCGCCGCCGCCGUCCCCGCCGGGCACGGGGGUGCGUUCGUCCAUGUGCCGUACUACACCGCGCUCCUCAUGCAGCCACCCAACGCGGAUGAGCCCCCGAUGGCGUCCGCCGCCUCCGCCUCGGUCACCGCCGCCGAGGAUAAUAAUUAAUUUGGAAGCGAUGUUAGGGUUUAGGAGCUUAUUAGAGUUAGGGUUCCUCGGCUUAUCUAGGAGCGGUCUCCCCCUCCUCAAUAAUUUAACCUUAUGGCCCUUAUGGCCGUGGCACGGAUUUAGGUUAUUUAGAUUAGAUAGAUGGGUUGCUCAGGCAACCAAAGGAGGGGAUUCAGAUGGUUCCAAGAGAGGAAGGCAGGCAAAAUGGAGAGCUUUCUGUAAGUGGUUGUUGAGGGCUGGAGUUAGUGGUACUGAAGUUCGGAUGAGGCAAUGCCUGAGUUAUUGUGAAUGUUUAGCUGUGCUGAUUUAUUCUC